AUGGCUCAGAGAGGAGUCCAGCAGGAGAAAAUCUCUUGUUCCAUCUGCUUGGAUCUACUGAAGGAUCCGGUGACUAUUCCUUGUGGACACAGUUACUGUAUGAACUGUAUUAAAGACUGCUGGGAUGGAGAAGAUCAGAGAAGAAUCUACAACUGUCCUCAGUGCAGGAAAACCUUCAGGCAGAGACCUGUCCUCAAAAAAAACAUCAUGCUAGCAGAGUUGGUGGAAGAUUUGAAGAAGACUGGACUAAAAGCUGCUCCAGCUGAUCACUGCUAUGCUGGACCUGAUGAUGUGGCCUGUGAUGUCUGCACUGGGAGGAAGAUGAAAGCUGUCAAGUCCUGCUUAACGUGUUCAGCUUCUUACUGUGGGGAUCACCUCCAACCUCACUAUUAUACUCCACCAUUAAAAAUGCACAAGCUGGUGAAUCCAUCCCAGAAGCUGCAGGAGAACAUCUGCUCUUGUCACAAUAGGGUGUUGGAGAUCUUCUGUCAUACUGAUCAACAGUGUAUCUGUUAUCUCUGCACUAUGGAUGAACAUAAAGACCAUGAAACAGUUUCAGCUGCAGCAGAAAGGGCUGAGAAGCAGAAGGAGCUCCAGGAGAGUCGACAACAAAUGCAGCAGAGAAUCCAGGACCAAGAGAAAGAUGUGAAGCUGCUUCAACAGGAGGUGGAGGCCAUCAAUGUCUCUGCUGAUAAAGCAGUGGAGGACAGUGAGAAGAUCUUCACCCAGCUGAUCCGUCUCCUCCAGGAAAGAAGCUCUGAUGUGAAGCAGCAGAUCAGAUCCCAGCAGGAAACUGUAGUGAGUCGAGUCAAAGAUGUUCAGGAGAAGCUGGAGCUGGAGAUCACUGAGCUGAAGAGGAAAGACGCUGAGCUGGAGCAGCUCUCACACACAGAGGAUCACAUCCAGUUUCUCCUCAAC